GCAGAUACACAGCCUCAGCGCACACACUCCCUCUCCACUCUCUCUCUUACACACACACACUCUCGCUCUCGUCCUCAGAGCAGCAGGUUCCCUGGAAGCAGCCAAACUGUCAGUGACUGUUGCAAACACAUGCUUGCUCUCGGCUCGGCUCUUUCUUCAGUCGCUGCCAAGGGAGGAGGAGGAGGAGGAGGAGAAGAAGAAGAAGUGAGGCUGGAAGGAACAGACUGAAACACACAGAUAGGAAAGAGAAAGAGACAGCCUUGGACCAACCUCUGACUGCUUACCUCUCGCCUCUGCCUUGGCUGACUGUGUGGGAGACUGGAGGCAGCCUACAAGUGAUGCCUCGCACUCUCUGGAGCAGCACAUAGUCAGGGAUUUCUUUCUACAUUUUCCCCUCUCUCUGUUACAAUGAUGAGGAGAGACCGUCUCUUCCUGGCCGUGACCCUCACAGCCAUCUUCUCUGCUGACCUCUACUUCAUCCUCCUGCCAAAGCUGCGGAGCGUGGGGCGAAGAUCAGAUCACUUCUGCCCAUGUGGUUCUGACAACCUCACCCUUCCCAGACACGGGGGUCUCGCCACCCCGCAGCUCUCCAACUGGACUUCUGCGCCACCCCUGGAUGGUACCACAUCUGAGCCCACUGAUGGAGGCUCAAAGCUGGGGAGGCUGUUCGCUCACCCUCUGUACAACAUCCAGACUCCGGCGAUGGGGCCGGAGGAGAGGCUGCUGCAAGCGGAGCAGCUGAUGGAGUACUACAGAAAGAAGGUGUCACGCUGGGAAAGACAUAUGAAACUAUACAGCGAAGCGGCGGCUGUGUCCAACAUCACUGUGACUGAGCAUGAAGUGACCUUCGACCCCGAUGCCAGCUGGAUGAAGUUCCACCUGGGAAUAAACCGCUAUGCUUUGUACUCCCGAGAUGACCCUGCCAUCCCACAACUGCUCAAGGACAUGCAAGGCAUGACAGUCAUCAGCGCAGAUUACACUCAGGAUGAGAAGGCCCUAAAAGGAGCAUGCGAUUGUUCCCAAGUUGUGAAGCCCAGCGGACAUCACCUGAAACUGGCUCUGAAGAUGCAAAACUUUGCUAAAGCCAUGUUCAAACCAAUGAGGCAGCAGAGGGACCAGGAGACGCCAGAGAACUUCUUCUACUUCGUUGACUUCCAGAGACACAACGCAGAGAUUGCUGCCUUUCACCUGGACAGGAUCCUGGACUUCCGGAGAGUCCCUCCGGUGGCUGGCAGGCUGGUGAACGUCACGGGAGAAGUCUUCCAAGUCACCCACAACGAAGACCUACGAGCUGUCUUCUUCACCUCACCAGCAAACAACACAUGUUUCUUUGCCAAGUGCCUCUACGUGUGUAAGACGGAGUACGCAGUGUGCGGGGGCCCCGACCUGCUGGAGGGCUCACUGUCUGCCUACCUGCCCGGCCUCAGCAUCGCUCCCCGCAUCUCCAUCCCCAACCCCUGGAUACGCUCCUACACCUUCACUGGACGAGAAGAGUGGGAAGUGAAUCCUUUCUACUGUGACACCGUAAAGCAGCUGUAUCCCUAUAACUCAGGCAACCGGCUCCUCAACAUCAUAGACAUGUCCAUCUUUGACUUCCUCAUAAGCAACAUGGACAGACACCACUACGAGAUUUUUACUAAAUUUGGAGACGAAGGAUUUCUACUCCACUUGGACAAUGCCAGAGGGUUUGGGAGGCACUCUCAAGAUGAGAUGUCCAUCCUGGCUCCACUAACUCAGUGCUGCAUGAUAAAACGCUCCACACUGCUGCGGCUCCAGCUGCUCACCCGACCAGAGUUCAGACUCAGCGAUGUGAUGAGGGAGUCCUUGAAGGGUGACCCUUUACAGCCGAUCCUAACGGAGCCCCACCUCUUAGCCCUGGACCGCAGGUUACAGAAGGUCCUAAAAACGGUCCAGCGUUGCGUCCGGAGGCUGGGCGAGGACGAGGUGAUCACCAAGGACUUUAUCAAAUCCACAGCGAAACCUCAGACCGCCACAGAGACGGAAAAGGUCAGGUAACCCAGGAUGUCGCCGCUGCUCUCCAUUGCUGCUCUUUUCACCAUAGAUGACUUCACAAUGAAGCGCGGUUGGCUCAGGUGGUUUUUUCAGGAACAAGCCAUAAAUGGAAGAUGCUGUGAAAUCUUGAGAGCUUGUCAGAGAGGAAGGAAUCUUACUGUGGAGGUUCAGGACGUGAAUCACUGCAGGCCUUAAAUUCCUAUCACAGAGGGAUCCUUUUUAUUUGGUUUUGUUCCUUUCAUGGUCAUACAUUCCCUUUUAUGACAACUUUUCAUCCAUCAAUUAGAUUUGGAAUUUAUACUCUUAAGUUAAACAUUUUCAGAGAAAUUUUAAACAUCAAAAAGCAGUAAGACUUCUUUGAUACAUGAAGCUACAUCGUCAGACACAUCAAAAUCAGCAAUACAGUAAAUAUUCAUAGGAGAAAGCUGUGAUGCACUGGAUCAGUCGUUUACCAAAUUAAUGCUCGUGAAUUUUGUGAUGUGAUGUUAUAAUUAUAAAAUAAAACUAUUUUGAAGAGAAACUACCACCUGCAAGUAAUAGUAGUGUCAGUGUGUUUUUGGAUGCAUGUGUGUGAGAAAAGUACCACCUCUUAAAACAGCCAUGUAGUUUCCUCCACCCCGUUUUCCAGACUUGUAAAUCCCUCAGUGUUUAAACAGCUUCACCACAGAGCUGUCAGCUAAAGCGGGCUGAGACAGAGGAGCGACAAACCUAAAGCAACUGAUGUGUGUUAUAUCAUAAUAAUUCCAGCGUUUUCCUUUUAUUAUUCUGUGACUGUGUUUUCCUGAUAACAAGCUGGAGUUUUGGCCUUUGUUAUUUUCUUUGUUCCUAUUUGAUCCUAACUUGAAACAUUCCAGGUCUCUGUCUGAUGUAAAGUAAGACGAAUAACCACAACUAUUUUAAAGAGACUUCAGAGCUGGGGAAUGAUGCCAAAUAAAGUCAGACAUCAGCCUAACAACACAAGCAGGGAGGCUGAUAAGAGGCAAGAUCCCACAAUGUGCACUACACUGCUGGCGAAUACCUUCAUACCACAGUUUAUCUUCACUGAAACCCAGCAGCAGGAAUAAACUUUUAAAAAAUGUCUGUCGAAAAUGAAGAAUGGCACAUUAGGAAAUGAAGGAACACGCUGAAAUUUUCCAAAUAACUAAAUAGCAACAAUUUUAAAGCGGCACAUGUUGGUGUGCUCUCCCAGAGCCAAGUACAAUUUUUAAUAAUUAAGUUUAAAACUUUUGCUCAUUAUUUGAAAAUAUCACAGCACGGAAAAAUGACCUAAGAUGUCUACAGUCGUAAAAAUCCUCUUAGAGGAAAAACUGAAUGAUUAUUAACCAGAAAAGGCAUGUUUAAAAAUAAUGAGACUUUACAGAGGAGGGAUGAGGGAAAGGUAAACAUCUAUAAUGUGGGUGUAGAUUAAAAUAUUUUACACUUUUUAUAGAGGUUGCAGUACAGGAAUAAAUACUCAUUAUCAUUAGGGUUCUCUGCACUCAGGGCAGUGACCUGUCUCCCCCUGGUGGACAGAUAUCAUGUUACAGCUGUUUUCAGAGCCUGUUACACACUCUGUGUCCAGUUUUAGUGAGAUUGUCUUGAAACUAAUUUCACAUCAUUUAAAGUUACAGUAACAGGAGGUAAUUACAUAACUGGGGGUCCAUUAGAAGCAUCCUAAAUGGGGCUGCACAAAAUAAGGAACAAGUAUUAAAGUGUCCUCAGUUCUGCAUUUCCACUGCUUUCAGUGUAAUUCUUAUGUACAAAAAAAGGCAUGUUAAAUAAAAAAUUAAAAUAAAUUAUUUACAAUAUUUUAUAGAAAAAAUUGAACACAAAAGGCACCAAUAAAAAAUGAGAUACAUUUUCUUUUUUUUUCUUCUUAUUUUUAUUAGGAUCCCCAUUAGCACCAGCAACAGCAUAUUUUAAAGUGCAGUUUUCUGCUGACACUCUUUUUCAACUAACUCAAACUAGAAUUAUCGCCUUGAAUGCCUCAACCAACCAGUCAAGUUGCAGUUUACAUCCGUGUCUGUCCAGACUCAUAAUAUUGUGUAGUGAAGACUUUAUUUAAAAGGUAUUAAGUGUAUUUUUUUUUUUAUAAAACAUGGAUGCUUCACACGCGUCUUAAAACCACCAGUUUCACAGUGGGCACCUAAGAUUACUGUCUCAGAUUCAGUAUCCAACCAAAUGUCUCCCCUUCUGUUCCUGAGUUAUGGCGUUAAAUAACGGCCAAAAAGUGCUUUUGCAGAAAAUUAUGAUGCCACAGUGAAGCUGACCUUUGUCACUUAAUCAUGUAUCAAACAUUUGUGUGAAAUUUUGUCAUAAUUAGCAAAUUAAUUCUUGAGUUAUGGCCAAAAUCCUGUUUUGUCAGCUCACAGUGACCUUUGACCACCAAAUUGUAAUCACUUCAUGGUUGAGUCCAAGUGGACGUUUGUGCCAAAAUUGAAUGUUCAUUAUUAGGUACACCUGUUCAACUAUGAAUAGCUUAUCAGCCAAUCACGUGUCAGCAACUCAGUGCAUUUAGGCAUGUAGACAUGGUCAAGACGACCUGCUGAAGUUCAAACUGAGCAUCAGAAUGGUUAGAAAGGUGAUUUAGGUGACUUUGAACGUGGCAUGGUUGUUCAUCUACUGGGAUUUUCACCCACAACCAUCUCUAGGGUUUACAGAGGAUGGUCCGAUACAGGGAAAAUAUCGAAAAACAGUUCAGGCUGGUGGUGGUGGUGUAAUGGUGUGGGGAUAUUUUCUUGGCACACUUUGGGCCCCUUAGUACCAACUGAGCAUGGUUUGAACACCACAGCCUACCUGAGUAUUGUUGCUGACCGUGUCCAUCCCUCUAUGAACACAGUGUACCCAUCUUCUGAUGGCUACUUCCUGCAGGAUAACGCAACAUGUCACAAAGCUCAAAUCAAACUGGCUUCUUGAACGUGACAGUGAGUUCACUGUACUCCAAUGGCCUCCACAGUCACCAGAUCUCAAUCCAAUAGAGCACCUUUGUGAUGUGGUGUGGCUUUAUAUUGUGUAGCCCUGAUCCUGAACCAUCAUUAAAGGUACAGCAACACAGUCAAAGGUGUAACAUAAAGGAAUACUCCUGAGACAAAGCUGAAUCAUUUUUACUUUUUUAUUGCUUAAACUGCCAUCUGGAACAAUCUAUACCAAAAGGAUAAACAUCUUUGCACAUACAGGAGGUCAAACUGAAUACAGGGUAGAAUAGAAAAAGAAUGGUCCUCUGAUCGCCUGCAGCUCUCUGCGCUGCAGGCCUAACAAACUCACUGAAGGUCGGGCUAGCAGGAGUGACUGACUGACUACUGUAAGCCCAGGUUAGAUAAGCUAAGGCAAACUGGGACGAUUGCAGUGUGGCUAAAAACAUUUUGGACUAAAACCGAUGAUGCCGCUAUUUACACGAAAACAAUAUUUCAAUAAAAGGUGAAUCGAACCCACGCCCCCUAACGGGAGUCACCUCCUGUGGAUCAGGAUAAGGAUCAGAUGAGGAUGAUCGAUGUAACUGUAAAGAAAAA